AUGCGUCUCAGCUCCUGGACGCUGCUGCUCGCCGGCGGCCUGGUGGCAGCCCAGUCGCCCGGCACCGCCGCCACGACCGCCCUCACCAGCCGAGCCCCAUCCGCCACCCCAUCGUCGGUGCCGACCUCGCCGUCCGGCGGCAGCGGCCAAGCCACGGCCUCGGUCCCCGGCGGCGGCGCCAGCACCUUUGCGGGCUCCGGCUCCGGCACGCGGGUGUCUUCGGCCAACGGCAGCGGCGCCACUCGGGCACCGACGGGAACGUCCUCGCCCACGGGCACCUCGGCGCGCGGCACGGGCACCGACACGUCGUCGUCGGACGCGUCCGAGCCGACGGGCGGCACCGACGACGAGAGCGAGAUCACGAUCGCCACCAACGGCGGCGAGAACGAGUCGGACAAGCCGCCGCCGGCCGAGGAUGUGUCGACGGCCGAGGGCGACGCGGCCGAGGAGCAGGAGAACCGGCCCGAGGUCAAGAUGACGCCUGAGCAGGCGCGCGAGGUGGCGGUGCUCGAGACGGGCAUGUUUGAGCACUUUGUCAACACGGCGCCCGCGCCGGGAGACACCGAGGCGCCCGGCGGCGCCCUCGUCAUCCCCCAGAACGUCAGCCAGAGCUGCACCAUCAGCCGCAAGGCCAAGCGCGGGCUCUGGGGCAUGGACCUGCUGGGCCCGGCCGGCGUGUCGGACCUGGUCGACAUGGGCCCCAUCUCGCCGCGGCAGCUGCUGGGUGACUGCAGGUACGUGACGUCGCUGCAGAUCGACGUGCACGUCCACUACAUGCGGCCCUUCUACUACAAGGACCCCGUCGACGCCAAGGGCAAGAAGGUCGACCCGCAGGCCCUCAAGCAGAUCGUCAAGAACCAGUUCAAGCUCAUGAACGACAAGAUAUACGGGCCCAUGGGCAUCACCUUCAACCUCAAGGGCGACGUCACCUACUGGAACCCACCCAAGAAGGGGUCCAACUCGGACUGGAGCCUCAUCAAGAAGAACGAGGCGCGACUGGAGCAGUGGCAGAAGCAGACCUACUUCAAGAACAAGGCCGUGCUGACGCUGUGGCUCGUCAACGAGCUGGCACGCGCAGACGGCGACAAGGCCCUGGCCGGCUACGCGCGCUUCCCGCAGGACCUGGCCAAGAGCGGCUUCCGCGACGGCGUCGUCAUGGAAGCCGGGCUCAUGCCGCUGACCAAGCCGUCCACCACGCUCAUCCACGAGAUCGGCCACUGGAUGGGGCUGUACCACACCUUUUACGCCACCGUCGACAAGCCAGAGGACGACUGCAAGAAGGGCGACGGCCUGCUCGACACUACCCUGACCCGGGGCCUCAAGAGCAUCGCCAAGCAGUGCGAACAGGUCUACUGCAACAGCAAGGACAAUGUGAAGCGCAAGGUGUUGAACUGGAUGAGCUACUCCAGCUGCCGCGGCUCCGUCCUCGAAAAGGGCUUCACGUCGGACCAAAAGGCCGCCAUGUUCGCACGCUACAUCUCGAUGCGCCGCGAGUACCUGGCGGGCGAGUGCAGGUACAAGGACCCCAAGGCCGCCGGCGUCCAGCGCCUGGCCAUCCGGUCGUCCAUGCAGGACCUCGUCGACGGCAAGUGUCCGGACAUUGACAAGCAGGUCGACGCCCUCGUCAACCAAAAGACCAACGCCGCCGCCGCCGCCGCUCCGCCGUCCCUCAUCGCCGUGGCGGUCGUCGUUGGCUGGGCUGUCCUGGGUCUGGCCAUGUGA